GGGAAAAGCGUGGGAAUAUGCUUCGUGGGGUUUUUACUUGUCGUGGCAAGGUGUUUGGUCGCUUUCAGCCUUUGAACUUAGACUGAACAAAAUGAACUGAAAGCUGAGCGUCAGUUUUUUCUUUCGGGGCAAUCCUCUGAAAGUGCCAGAGUGAACUUUUGGAAACUCUUCAAAGCAGAGGCCCAGCAGCGGUGUGACUGAACUGGAUGGUUGCUCUCCGAUCGUCGUCUUGUGGUUUCAUGGCUGCAAUGAAGAGCAGUGAUUGAUUCAAUACAUUUGACAUAAUCUUACAAACUGGAAAUCAAAGAAAGUGUCAGAAAGACCCCUCUGGUUGGACAUCAAAAAGUUUUUCUAGACUCAUUUCAAAGUGCUAAAUUGAAUUAAGUCCAAUAAUUAUACUGUGAAAGACUAGAUCUCAUGUUAAUAGUUAGAGUGAACAGACUAGUUGUAUCUAAAAUAAUAAAGCUUCAAACGCACUUUAAAGAUCUGUCUGAGUAGAACCUCCCUGAACCGUCUACAGGUGGUUCAGAAUGCCUGUGCUCGGCUUCUGACCAAGUCCUCCAAUCACACCCACAUCACCCCGCUUCUCCUCCAGCUUCACUGGCUGUCAGUCAACUUCAGGAUUCAUUUCAAGAUCCUGGUUUUGGUCUUUAGGGUCUUACAUGGACAAGCACCAUCAUACAUUGGUGAUCUUCUCAGUCCCUACACCCCCAGCAGGUCCCUGAGGUCCAGUGACCAAAGCCUACUGGUUGUGCAGCACCAGGCUAAAGACCAAAGGUGACGGAUCAUUUGCUGCUGUGACCCCCAGACUCUCUCCCCCUGAGCCUGAGAUCAGUGGACUCAGUGGUCUCCUUUAAAAAGCAGCUGAAAACUCACCUGUUCAGGCUGGUUUUUGCGUGACCUUCAUCACCACCCUCUGCUCUUUUUACCAAUUCUGCCUUUUCCCAGCAUCCACUGAUUACUUAUCUUAUUUGUUUUCUUUUUCCAUUCCCUCACAUUUUUUUCUAAUCACAACUUUUACUUUUCCCAUUUUUAUGAUUAAAAAAAAUUAGAUUUAAAAAAGUUUUUUGUUCUUGUAAAGUAGCUCAUGAUUUUUAUCUUGAGAGGCGCUAUAUAAAAGAUUGUUUACUCUUCUUCUCUUGUCAAAGCUUUUUAAAAAUUCAUUCUCAAAAAAAUUUGGAUAAAUCUUUGCAGCUUUGGAAAUAAUCUUUGAAAAUUCUACUUAUUACAAAAGGCAUUUUACCAGGUCUGGUGGAUAUUUUGUUAAUUUCUUUUUGCUUCUGUCAUUCGCACAUGUAAAUGAACUGAAUUGUUUUAAAAGAAAAUGGGGAAGACCAGUUUAUUAAACUAAAUGAGUUUUAAAUAUAUCAUAGAGAAAUUAUGCAAAACCAGAGCAAUUUUUAGUUGUCAUGAAUAGAUUGAAUUAUGAUAUAUUUGCUGUUUGCUUAAGCCAUCAUACCAUAACAAUAACAAGCAUGCCUUAUAUUGUUUUUUAUCUUAAAUUUAAAAUUAAUUUUAAUAUAAAAGUUAAUUUAUCCAAACCACCUGAAAUCUUUCAUUUAAAUUAUAGAAAUUUGAGCAUUGUUUUAGAUGAGUAACAGCAAUUUGUAUUAGUUGAUAAAUAACCCCGUGUUUGAGUUAUGCAGCUCAUGCUUUGAGUUCUGAACGUAUCCUUCAGAAAGAGAGAGGUUGCCAUUUUGCAUGAUUAUGCACAGUAUGUUGUAGUAAGACGUGUUGUUCGAAUUAUGUUAAAUAAAGCUAGCAAAGUGGUAUAAAUAUGCACGUUAUGUUCUAUGCAGCGGUGCUAUUUUCAGAUUUAUAUCUUUAGCUGUCAGUUAUCAGCAACAAGCAACUCAUUAGUGCUGACGCAGACAUCUUACUUCUUGUAAAAUACGUUGUCUUUCCUUAUUUUUUCACGUGUCAUUUUUUCUGAAUAUGGCAAGUUCAGAGUUGCACCAUUAAAAUUGUAAAGUUAUUUGAUUUUACAGAGAAGUGAUAAAAUUCAACAUCCUCUUUUCUCAGAAACCCAAAAUAAAGUUUAAAUAAGACCUCUAAUGGGAAUGGUGAAGUAAACAAGUACUAAUUUUACUAGUUAACACAACACAUAAGGCUUAAAACCUUUUUCCCCCCUCAAAUAUUCUUAAAAAUUAUUGAAAUUUAAAACUGUAAUGCAGAUUCUCAAAGGAUUUACAUCUAUUCCCUAACAUAAAUCACUGCCAUGCCACUAGGGGACAGUACAUACAUACAUUUCAGGGUAGUUUUACACCACAUCUUCCUGACUGUUGCUAAUUUAAAAAAAAAAAACAUUACGGUAAAUGUUACCUGUGGAGCAGAAAGCAUGUAACCUUGGCGUGACUUCUCAGACUUUGAUGUAGGGCUGAAAGGAUUCCUCGAAUAAUUUGAGUACAAAAAAGCCUGGAGUCAAGUUUUCUGCCUCAAGGCUGCGUUUAAUUCAUGUUUAAUUAAUUCAUGGCUUUGCAAUCGCCCAGGGUCAUGUUUCACCCGGACCGAAAUAAGUGACACACAUACACACUGCACUGAAUACACACGCAAGUAGCGAAUGUAACUUAAUUUCUCUUACGCCAUGGCGGACAACGUGGACCCCGGUGGAGUGCGAAAUAGACAGAAAAUGUCAAAGGUGUGGGACCAUUUUUCACGUCGUAAGGCGUUUACACAUGUAAAUGUCAUUUCUGCAAGCAGACUCUGAGGUCCGCUAUAUAUUCUGUUGACACUGUGCGACUUUUUCAUUUGUAGCACUUAGUUUUAGCUCACACUGUGCGUCUGGUAGCAACACGUCAGACUUUUUAUUGUGUUGUUAUUGACAUCUGUUGUCCCUCGUGAUUGCUGCAGGAGGACACAGGUAUUUAUGAGAGUGGCGGAGGAAAACGAAAGAAAGUAAAUAAAUGUUGUGUGAUCAGUAUAAUUUGACAUAACCACGGCAAACAUGCUUUCUCGACAAUUCUUGUUGUGUGUGGAAAAAAAGUGUAGAAAUAAAAACGGGCGUGUGUUAUUAGGGAAAUAGCUGGCGAGCCAUGUUUGCGCAUGCGUCGUGAGCGGUUCUGGUGCUGUUUGGGCCGCAGCCGCUCGCAGCGCUACUUCAACAGCUGUCCUAGUUUUUGCUAGGCUCAGGUUGUUUACUUAUUUUUUGCACAGGCUUUUGUUUACUGUGAAGUAAAGUUGAAGUGCUGAAGUUUUGAAAACUAGUUUUGAAUAAAACUUGAAAAAUAACUGGCAAUUGCUUGAUCAUUUUAAGAGUUCUUUCAUAUUUUAUAACAUGCUUUUUGAUAUAAUGGUUUACAAACACAACAGGGUAAUUUAUUAGAGUACUCGAUUAAUCGAUAAAAGAUUCGAUAGAGUACUCGAUUACAAAAAUAUUCGAUAGCUGCAGCCCUACUUUCAUGGUCCUUCAGGUAAUUCCAUGAGAAAAUGUAAUGUUGAUUGUAGUUUUCAGGUGCUGUACUUUCCUGGUCUGCUCGGGGGCUUACGCCUGCCGAUGACGUCAUCAUACUACGGCAAUACCGCUCAGCCAAAAUAUAUUGCAUCUCCUUUUCAAUUCCGUUCUUUCACAUUUUUGUUUUUGCAGUUGUGUUAUUAAAUUUGUGUUUCUUUCUGCCUAAAUGUUUUUGAACAUGGUAACGUAACUUCCGUAAGUCGUUCAUCCAGCCAGUCAUCUAGUGUGACGACAUCGACAGGUGCAGGACCCCGAGCUGGCCAAAGGUAAACAUGGCGUUUAAUGUUGUGCCCCCAGAGAAGCUAGACCCGCACCCCAUGAACUUUAGAUCCAAAUUGUUGGUUAUAUGUAUGUUAUAAAGCUGCUAAUAUUUUUCAAUAACUGGACAUCAUUUAGUUCCAUUUCAACAACAUUUCGAUGGACAUUUCCAGAGAUUAAAGAUACAAACUACACAUUGUCUCCUUAAAAUUUUUAUUUUGAAAGCCUAAAUACUCCUGUGUUGUGCAAGUUUCAUUGAUGGCUUUUUAAAAUCAGCAAAAUUAACUAUUAUAUUUAAUAGUUUUUCACUCCUAACUUUAGUCUCCUUCAGUGCAGCAAUCUCAUUAGUUAGCAUGUGAUUUUGGUGCAUUGCAAUUUCUUUGCGUCUACACAUUUCUGAACACUGACCUGGGGGCAAGGGGCUUAACCCCCCGUACCUUCAGCGACCUGCCAGCGGGGCUGGCAUGAAGAGCUCAUGCUGAGCAGCCCUGCUCUGUUUAAACUCGCAUAACUGUAGAGAAGAUCUCUUAAUCACAGAGACAUUUACCAAACUUUGGAGGGUGAGAAAAUAAAAAUAUCUCAAUGGCUCAGACAAGUUCAGUCUAUUAAGAUAGAGAACAUUUUCCUAAAUAGUUUAUCGUCUCUAAAGAGUUUCAUUAAUCAUUUAAGUUCUUCAGGACCUGGACUUUCUUGUAUUAAAAGUUCUGAUCCAUUUAGAAACAGGGCAGCUGUUUCACGGCAGCCUGCACGUAGGAAUGAGAGCCUCACCUGCUGAGGUAUGCUCUUUGUUACCUGUUCAAACUCAGCAAGAUGAACUACAUACACUGCACUGAUUAUGAACCCUGAUGCACUUGUGUGCCUCCACAUAGAUUCAAGCACAAAGUGAGCUAUGGACUAAUUUAGACUGAGUCAGAAAAGGGAAUUCACUAAGUUGUGAAUCUUUAGACCACCAUGAAGAAUAAUGCUGUGGCCUGGGGUGUUUAGUAAGUCACGUUGAGGUUUCACAAGUCAGUAGUGGUAUGUGUUUUGUGUUAACAGUGAUUUAAAUUGUCCUCUUUAGAUAUAGAAACAUAGAAAUUAGGCAUUGGUAAAAUUCUGGUGAUACGAUACAGGGGAGACGAUCCGAUAUAUCUCAAUAUAUUGAGAUACAUUCAGUCAAACGAUAUUAGCGAUUUUUUUAGACUGAAUUUAUUGUAGGAAAAUUCCAUAAACAGUCCAAACCGACACGUAACAAGUUUAACCUGAAGUAUGUGAACCAAAAUAGAGGGAUUUACAUUUAAAUGGUGGAAAUAAAACCCACUGUACACUGCUGGUAACUAGUGGUCGGCAUUUGAAUUGCAUCAAAAGAAAAGAAAAUACACAAAAGUUUGCAUGUAAAUUCUUCCAAAAAAUUGAUACACAGCUUUUGAAUAUCGAUAUAAUAUCACAGGAAAAAUAAUCACGAUAUAUUGCAAUAUCAAUAUUUUCUUACAUCCCUAAUAGAAAUGCUUUAAAAUUUAAGACAAGAAACAAACUUUACUUAUUAAAGAACAACAGUUUCAUUUUUAUCUGUACUAUUAAGAAUUUUAAAUAAGGGAACUAAGUAAUAAAAUAAGUAAAUUUUUAGUUAAUUUACAGCCUAAAACAGUCAGUGUGGCACCCUCUUCAGGUUAAACGUUUGCACAAUGUCAACCAGCCAGCACUGUUUGGUUAGCUGGUGGUGAUAUGUGACAUUAGCCGGUAGGGUUGUCACGGUAUGAAAAUUUAACCUCACGGUUAUUGUGACCAAAAUUAUCACGGUUUUCGGUAUUAUCGCGGUAUUUUUAAACGGUGUUGCAUAUGUUCAGAAAGCAUUGAUAGUCCUGUUCUACACAAACUGAAAUAGUUUAGAAAAGGUUUAACAGUGUUUAUUAAACCUAAAAUAACACAAAGCCUUAGCAAAAGUGCAACUUUUCACAAGUAAAGGAACAAAUAUCUUCUUUUUCUGGAACACGUUACAGUAGUCAGUGCAGGUUUAAAUUAUACAAAUCCAAACAUUUGGAACAUAAACAAUAUGUAAACAAAUCAAAGAAACACCACUUGUUUUCUCAUAUACUUGUUUUCUUCAUUAUCAAAAUGAAAAUCUAAAACUCAAGUCCACACUUGACUUGAGCACUGUACAAGUCAACCUUAAAAAAAUAUGUAUUUAAAAUAAAUAGCCACUUUAAACAAAUUACUAAAAUAACUACUACACUAUGUAAUCAAAUCCAAAUGUUCAAGUAUAAAUGGCACUGAAUAAGUAAACAAAUCAAUGACAAGGAACUAAUUGUAUAUUUCUCUUCAUCAUCAACAAAUAAGAUGCUUCAUCCAGCAACAGGGUGUCCGUGACACGGUUUAAAUGCUGGCAGAGGACGCUGCAGCUGCAGUAUAUAGUGACUCGCUGCAUUCUCCCUCAACCAAAAGUCCUCACGUCAUGCAUUUAAGCUAAAAUGCUCAUGUUGACUUACCUUGCACUGGCUGUAGAGACGUGGGUGAUGGUCACGCAGAUGUGUCAUUAGAUUCAAAGUGUUGCUGCCUUUUGCAGACACUUGUUUCCUGCACGUUCUGCAAACGGGAUAGCAGUCUUCUAUUAACUGUCCCUCAGCAUUUUUCAGAAAUCCAAAAUAUGCCCAUACUUCCGAUUUAGUCUUCUUUGAGGGCUGAUGGAUGUCCUGGGCGCUGCCGUCUCCUCCUUCGGCCAUUAUUUCAGCUUCAAAGUUUUGGUUGCAAACUAAAAAGUGCGUGUGCGCGGGAACUUCAGCAGAAGCGACGGUGGCUGGUAAGGGUCACCGCGCCUAAACCGCGGCCACGGUAAACCCACCGAGAUAAUUUAGUUUUUUAAAAACUGGACGGUUAUUUUUAUUGUCAACUUUUUUUACCGGGGUUUACCGCUAUACCGUUUACCGUGACAACCCUAUUAGCCGGUACAUGUGACAUCUGCUGUACAUCCGUAGCGAGUUUAAGUUGCAUGGAAUAGCAAGUGUUUAUGUUGUUCAACAGAUUAGCAGAUUUAGCCUAGGGAUGAACUGGGGCGAUAAUUCAGGCUGGGAAUUUGCUGUCAUCCCAGUCUUGCCAUUAUAGGGCUGUGUUUGGCUACUUAUCAGGACUCCUUGGCCAUUAUGAGCCCCAACAAAGAUUCAUAUGCUUCAUAGAGACUCAAAGAUCAGUUUCCAAUUGUAAAAAAAAGUUCCAGAGUCCCUUUAAUGAUUGUUAGGUGUUUUAUAGUUAACACCACUCAUAUGUAAGCAUCAAAAUUUUAUAUUUAUUGAAUCAAAAUUAGUUGUUGGGGAAACUUGUGAUACUGUAACUUGAUGUGCAAACAUGCAGACAUGCUCUUAAAGGAAGGACUCAGUAGUAUUUAGAGCAUUUGUUUUACCAGCUGCUGUGUAAAUCUGCUCUCUGUCUCUGAGGGAUUUCUAGUUUAUAUAAACCCCCAAUGGAUCCAGCUACUGGUUAGAUUGGGUGGAUAUUUGUGAGAGCUGUUUCACAGCUUUACAUAAAGUAUCAUGGAUUAACUUUGAUGUAAUGCUUUCCUUUCUUUGAAUCAUCCCAUUUAUAUGGUUCCUUCAGAUAGAGUUUUUAAACCUGUCACAGCUUUGUUUCCUCGCUGUUGCUAAGAGUUUGUGAAACCUGAACUGGUAUUAUGAUCAGAAAAGGUUCUUUAUUUUUAUGGCACUUCCUAAAUGAGCUGCUGCAUCCCUCCUCGUAUUAACUUACUUUGACGCAAAGUUUUUGCGCUAUUUCCUUUUAAUAAAUCAGCCUCAGUUUUAUAAUCCAGUACUAGAUGAGACUGACUGGAUCCUUGCAGAAAUCAUACUUUUUCUUUUUGAUUUCUAUACACCGGGUAAAGUAAAAUGUCUUUUGGGUGGUAAUUGUCUUCCUCCACUGCUGCUAGGUCAUAUGUUUUAUUAUCUUGUGGCUCAUGACUCAUUAAAACAGAAAUUAUGUUUCUCAGCCCUAAGUUUAAUUAAAAAAAAUAAAGAUAACAACAAAUUUUAAAAAAGAUUAUUUUAGGGAAUAAACAAGUGAUUGCUUGGAAAUUAUUAUAUAUAUUUCUCAUAAACUUCAUACUUCUAUCUAUUUUCCAUAUGUUAGAUAAAAAAUAGUCUACUUAGAAAUGAUUUUCCUUCUGCAUGCCUGAAGAAGCUGAAGACCUUCUGUUCUUUGAGGCUGGGAUCUGUGUUAUGUGUUGAGUUGGGCUCACACUGUGAGCUCUAAAUGUAGACGUUACUGAACCAAAACUUUACAGCCUCUGUCACCAGAGCCACUGGUGCCCUCCCCGGUGCCAUGUCAUCUGAGAUCCAAUCCCUGAGUGUCUGGGAAUUGCCGGACCUUUUUUCAGUGAGUCUGAGCCCCAACAUUCCUGGAAAGCCAAGCUGAAUAUCUACAUUCAGAAUGAAUUCAAGCCAUGCAGUCGCUGAGCAGGUGCUGCAAGCCUCUUUAAAUCUGGUGGACUAUCCCACCGCCAUAUGUCCCCCCCAAAACUUUUUUGAACAGGGGGUCAAACGGGACAAUGAAACAGCCACAGUAAUGAUGAAGUAAAAUCAAUGAGUUGUGAAUUUAUAAUAGAAUAAUCAGUUUAUUACAUUUUAAACUACCAGAAGAUGGCAGCGUCAUCUUUGAUGUCCGAUCAUAUUCAUUAUGGUAGUAAAUAUUAGGGAUCAUUGUCUAACCAGGAAAAAGGACUGUGGGUAAUAUAAUCCGAGUCCAUGAAUGUAAAGUGACAGUGUGACGUAGAGAUCUCUCAGGGUUUUUAAAUCCUAGAGUUUCACCGCCUAUUUUAUAACAGAAGCUAAUACAGGAGAUUGGUGUAGGAGACUAUUUAUGUUCAGCCUGUAUGAAAGAUCUCAGAGUGACUUAUUAUAAUCACAAAUAAUAAUUGAUACAUGUUUUUUCAGUGCUCCACACCUUUAAAGUUGUUAAAUGCAUGAAGUUUGCCGUGGAUCUUCUCCUGAGAAGAGGAGUGACUGUUUACAUUCCUUUAACACUGUUUAUUAGUUUACUGCCUGUAAAACCAAGUUAGCUGUAAUAUUAACUUAACUCUGUUGCUGACGAAACCCAUUAUGAACAAUAAGCUAUCCCACAAUAUCAACUUGAUUUGGUCUGCUGCAUUAUUUGAAGGGAGUUUGGAGUUUUCUCACCCAUACAUCAGUGCAAACUAAUUUAAAUGUGCUUUUAACUGCAUGUACUGACAUCAUAACAACUAAUAUACAGUACAGGCCAAAGGUUUGGACACACCUUCUCAUUCAAUGUGUUUUCUUUAUUUUCAUGACCGUCACCAUUUACAAAGGGGCCAACAAGUGCUAAACACCUCUGGGAACUCCUUGAAGACUGUUGGAAAACCAUUUCAAGUGACUUCCUCUUGAAGCUCAUCAAGAGAAUGCCAACAGUGUGAAUAAGCAGUAAUCAGAGCAAAGGGUGGCUAUUUUGAAGGAAAUAGAAUAUAAAACAAGUUUUCAGUUAUUUCACCUUUUUUGGUUAAGUACAUAACUCCAUGUGUGUUCAUUCAUAGUUCUGAUGCCUUCAGUGAGAAUCCAGUAAUGUAUAAAUGGUCAUGAAAAUAAAGAAAACACAUUGAAUGAGAAGGUGUGUCCAAACUUUUGGUCUGUACUGUACAGCUGCACUUUUUUUAAAGUAAUGUGCCAAAUUACUUCAUUACUGAAAAACUGGACCUGCUUUUGUAACGUUUGUAUUGUGUGUUACCCCCAACAGUGGUUGGAUUAUGUGACUGUGGUAUGAAAUGUUAGUAAUUUAGUCCUAACAAAGGUAAAUAUAGAAAUGUAGUGUUUCUUUGUUUUGAACAUCAGUUAAAGUCAAAAAGCCUUUUUAUAACCUUUCUUCUGCGUAAGUGAAUCAGUUUGGUUAAUGAAACCUGAGCGUUCUUGGUGUUCCUGACACCAGACUUGGUUUCGGGUAAGUUGCUGCUCAUGCAUUAGUAGGCUGAUAAGAGGUUAAUGGUAGGUGUAAUUCCUCGGCGUGUUCUGUCAUUGUUGUUGACACAGUUUCAGAUUCUUGUCAGCAGAGCAGAGUUACAGGACACCGUGUAAACCGUUCAGCCCUCUGAGCACGCAGCCCCUCCUCUUCAACAGGCAGUGCUGUCCAACUGGGCGAGUCUUUCUCAUUGCUGUUCAGACUCCACGCUGCUCACAAUCUUCUUAUCCAAGCCGUCAUUUCUCAGGGAAACGGUUCACUCAAUAUCCCUCUCAGAUUUUGGCUUCUUUUUCUUUGAAUGUUCUGUUAAAGGUAUGGGUGUGGCUCUACAUCGUCCUCCACAGCUGAAGAGCAGUAACGAGUGAAUGUACAGACAUGGAAGGAACGGGAGAGAUCAGCGACACUGACAGCGGCAUCAUCCUUCAUUCUGGAUCUGACAGCCCAACAACCCACACAAAGGAUGUGACCACGCACACACGGGCCAUGAAGGUUAAACACCAGGCGCUCCAAGACCAGCUGGAGAGUUGCCUCCUACAGUUGAAGAAGCUCUGCAUCCGAGAAGCUGAGUUGACGGGUCAGCUGCCAAAAGAUUACCCUCUCCUGUCAGGAGAGAAGCCUCCUCAGAUUCGCCGACGCAUCGGGGCCGCGUUCAAACUGGAUGAGCAAAACAUCCUUGAAGGAUCAAAGGACUCAGAGCUGAGUUUAGCCGAUGCUGAGCUAGCUCUCCAGAUGAAGAUUUAUGAAGCUGCGCGCAAACUGUGUGAGGAGCAUCACCUGAGUAAGGCGGUCAGGAAGAGCCGCUUGCAGCAGUGCAAAGUAGAGGAGAAGAAACUCAAGAAGCUUCAAGAAAUGACCUUUCAGCUGCGACUGGAGCGCGGACGAUCAUCACCACUCCCCGCUUUUAACAUUUCAAAAGAUCUCGGCACAUCUGAUGACAGUUCUUUAUCUGACUCUGUGGUGCAGGAUGAAGAAGUUACAAGCCAGUCGUCGCAGCCAUCCUCCUACCCGGUGGAAACGGAUCCUCCCCUCAUGUCCACACAUUCCUCAGAAGACGGCUCCUACAUGUCUCACUCCGUGGCUCCUCGGCUCUCACCGUUGAACUCCUGUCAGUCUCCCUGCCCUAGCCUUGACUCCAACUUGAGCUUCAACUCAAGCUGUGUGUAUGACCAACCUCCCAUCCAGAACUCCCCCUGGACAGAGUCAAGUCUAGACCAGCCGUACCAGAAGAGCAAGAAGUCACACACCUCCAGCAACAUGAGCAGGUCAGACAAGUCUGAAAGGUUGCCACAGCUGGAGGCUUGCCCAUCACAGACCAGUUUACCACAGCAGCUGUCCCAUCUGAGGCUGGGCCACUCCCAUUCUAACAGCACGCCCUCCACGCCAGAGAAACACAUCUACAGACAACUGUCCCUCAGGCUGUCCAGCCCUGAAUCCUCGGCUCUCAAAGACCGCGGUCGCACCAGAGUUCCUCGGAGGCGACCUACAGAAUCCGGAAUCAUUUUACCAGACUCUCUUUCUCCUACGAAGAACUUUCUACAUCAUGAGGAUAGCAACUCUGAAAAAUCCUUUUCUUCUUACGGCAGCUCCCCGUGUCAAGAGUUUCCUUCCAACUUUUCCAGACAUUAUCUGUCUCCGUUCCCUCUUUCCAGCCCACAAGGCAGCUAUGGACCUCCAGCUCCCCCCUCCACUAGCUUUUAUCAUCCUCAAAGUUACCUGCUCAGCCCCAGGAUGCAGAGAACCUAUUACAACACAGACAUGGUCUACCCACCUAAUCAGGACUUGGCUCGAAGCCGUUUUCAUCAGCAUGUUCCCAACAGAUACGACUACUGUUAUAGAGAUGCAGCCGUACCCCACCAGAGAGCACCUAGUAUCAGAGUCACCCCCCCUGCACAGAAGGACCAACUGUACUACCACGCUAAUGGUCACACACACCAAGUGGUGAAUGAGCAGCUGAAGUCGUGGCACCAGCGCAGUCAGCUCAAAGCACCACGGUCUCGUUCUCUGGACAGACCAGGGGCAGUCAGGAUGAAAACCACAGCAGCUAGAGAGCUCACCUACCACCAGAACCACAAGUACCAGGACCAGGGUAUUCAGAGAGGAUCCUUUCAGCGACCUGCAGAAGAUGUUCAAGAGCCCUGGUUCAUAGAUGACAGCUCUCACUACAUGAGCCAAGUUUGAGAAGCUGCUUUGAAGCCAGAGUCAACUUUGCUGUUUUCCCAAAGAACCAAAAGGGAACUGAAAAUUAUCUAUUUUCCUAAUGAAUUGCUCCUUCUGCUAAAACCUACCUUGUUAGCUUUCUUUUCCUCCUUUGAGUGGGCAAAAUCGUAAGUUGUUCAACAGAAACUACAGCCUUCGUGUUACUAAAAACACACAAAUGACUGCAGUGACCAAAGUAUCGAUCAGGUGGUAUACCGGGCUGAUAUUAUACAUCAGCAUCAGUCGAUAUACCUUCUAAGUAGAGCCGAUGUACAGACAGUCACCUCCUCAGGCUGCCUGGUGCUGCUGUAGAAUUUAACUUUAUUUUUACAUUCUGAAUAACAUCUGCUUGAUGAAUUUUCAGCUAAAAUUUCUGUUUAUUUACCAGUUUUGAAUAUUUAAAGCUGCUAUAGCAGAGUGGCAAACAAGCUAGGUUUUGAUUGCAAACACGAUCACGAAACACCCACCCCCUCCCCUCGAGUAUCUUCCCUGGUUCUGUGUCCACUGGAACCGGAAACCUGCAUUCCCAGAGGAAAUGUAUUAACGCUAAACACCGGUCACAGUUUUCUACGUCCAAACAACUUUUGACUUCAAAUGGUGUUUUUUUGUUUUUGGGACUCUGGUAGUUUGCCCUAAUUCUGAAGUGGUAGCAGCCGGCUAUUUCUCCUUCUCUGAUAUUAUUGAGCAGAGAACCUCUCACACCAGUGGUGUUUUGUUCCUAAAAACGCGAGUGUGUAAUGAGGGAGGUGCGGCGGCUCGGCGGAACCGAUAACCGGAUGUUUCGGUUCGAGCUGUGUUAUUGGCUGAGGUUUUUAGACAAGUGCAAGAGAAUCGCAUUAUUAUUUUCACUUUUUUAAUCUCCACAUUAUAAUUGUAGCAAUACGAAGUUAGAACGUCAUUAACUCAUUCGCUGCCAGUGUUUCUCAGAGUUUUUACUGGUUUUUUAAGAGUCACAGAACGCUGCGCGCUAGGACGAUGUCGACGCCAAAACAAAGCGGAGACUCACCUCUUACAUCAGGAAGAAUCUGCGCGUUUCGAGCGUUAUCCGUUCUUUCAUUAUCUGUUGUUGAAUUGUGAUCGGCAGAAAUUUUCCGGUUCGCGCCUCACCUUUUUUUUACAGGAACAGCCCAAAAAUGAUCUCCUAACACAUGGAUGUUCUGCUUCCUGAUCAUGUGACGUAUGCGGAUGAAGAUUGUAUUUAGACCUGAGAUGUUUGUUCUCACGGUGCGGGGGCUCAUUCCGAUGCCCACACAGUAAAAACAUGCAAAUGACGACUUUAGUCAUCAUUGGCAGUGAAUGAGUUAAGAGGCAUGAAGAAAGGAUUUAAGCUCAUUUGCUAUAGCAGCUUUAAGACUUGGUCAGCUAAGUGAUUUGUUUGAUUCACUUAAGUUAUGUGUGAGAUUUUAACACUGAGCAGUGUCCAAAAUAGCUGGUUAAACUCAGACUUCAAAACUGAUUCAGCUUUAGAAAAUCUGUGCAUCAAUUGAUGGUAUUAGUCACAUUUUAACAUGAAAAUAAGGUUAAAAAAAACGUGUAGAUAUUGGCCAGCAGCUGACCGUGACCUCUCCAUGUCAUUUGACCUCUAGUUGGCGACAGACGCUAUGGUACAUUUUUGGUGUUUUAGCAGCCAAAAAGACGAGCUAGAACUGAACACUUGGAGUGUUAAAGGUUGAUCCAUAUGAAUUCUGUGAAUUCUGUCACAUUAUUUUGCAUAAUAAGUUUUCAGAAAGCUGAAGUGUUUCUGCAGCGUGAAUACCAAGUGUUCUCUAAACGAAGACGUGGCGAUAACUGGAGCUCCGUCAUGUUGCUCCGAGUUGUUACACAACAUAAACCGGUGUGAUUUCAAAAAUAUCCUUACUUCUGUCAACCUAUUUUUUUUUUAAUUUAUCACAGAUUGACUCAUUAAAUGGAAUUUUUAGGCUCACUUUUUUAUUAUUUUUUUUUACAGAUUGGUAGACAGGAAAAGGUUAAAUCCUUUUCAUUAAGCUGUUUAGAGACAAACAACCCAGAAUAAUAAUGAAUAACAUUUCUGCCAACUUAACAUGUUAACUACCGUAUGUUGAGCUGCAUGACGUUUUUAUUGUGUAUUUUCAGGCAGAUUGGUUUGGUUCUGUUUAAGGAUGUGCCAGUUAGCUGCAAUAACUAACCACAAUUAAUUAGCUAAACAGGUACUAACGUAAGCACAUGACAACCAAAAUAGCGCAUUGUGAUAGAAUCAGGGUCUUGAGCUAAUGGGACCGCGUAGUGAAAUUUACAUUUUAGAUCUCAAACUGUAACUUUUUAUGUUUUUUAGUUCUUUUUAUUGCAGUCAACCCCUUUUGUAAACAGUUUAUUGCGUUCCAACAAAUAAUCACUUCUAGGCGAGUUGGGAAAAAGAUUGAACUAGUCUGUUCUUAGCUCCAGCUGCACACCGGCUGGUCCCACAGUGAUGUUUUUGUGUUAAUUUAUUGUGCUUUUCACCACUGAACCAUUGGAAACCUGACUUGAAAUGAAAGCAGAAAAGGACCAGAGUUUGUGGAACAAAUCCAGAGUACCAGACCACAAUCAUUACCUUUUAUGCUUCUUUUUAUAUGUGUGUGUAUUUAUCUGUUUUUGCUAUUUGUCAAAUGUGUUGUUUAUCAAACAUUUUUCCUGUGGAAGUAAAUAAGUAGUAUUGUUUUAUUAUUCUCAAGUCUCAUUUUCUUGUUUAUUCCUGUUUCCCUGCACAUGCUGAUGCUGUUUUGUAAACAUUGAUUUGCCAGUAAAAGAAAAGUGUAAAUGAAGAAGAUCCAUUUGUUCAUCUGA